AUGAACGACGUUUCAACUAACGGCAGUUAUCAGAAAGAUCCAUAUUGUUUAAGUGUAGAAGAAAUCGCCAGUGAUUUUAUCGAAAAUCUCUUGGAGUCGGCGGUCGAGGAAAUUAGAAGACAGGGCGUCAACGUAGACUUUCGGAAGCACAUUGUGACACCGAAAUGCUUAGUGCAGUGGCCGUCCGUCAGCGACUUCACUCCCGAUCUCGGCCUGCAGAAAGUCGACGAAUAUAUUCGGAGCUGGCCGAAGAACGCUGAGAUGAUGUACUGCAUCGACUACACAGGCUGCAGGAGAGACUCGCGAAGCGAUUUUCACUUUUAUGAGGUGAAGUGGAGUGUACCUAACAUGAUGUAUCCUGUACCACCAGCAGUGGCCAGUGUUUUCUUCACAAUGGAACUUUCCAGAAUUAAGCCUCCGGACUGCCCAGUGACAGGACCAGCUAUAGUGCAGUGUCCAGAGAGAAGAUUGGUGUCCAGAUUUGAUUAUGGAUAA